AUGGCUGCUGCCGACGAACAGUUUGGAAACAAAGGCUACGGCCAGAUAGGAUCAUAUGGCGGCAACCCCUACGACUCGCGCGACCCGAGCCCGGCUGGCUACAACAACUACAACCAGGGCGGCGGCUAUGGCGAUGUAGAGAUGCAACCCUACGGUGGCGCAAGCGCGAACCCCAAUGCCAUCCUCGACGAAUGCCGCGAAGUUGACCGCGCCCUCGACGACCUCGAUGCCCAGCUCAGUAACCUCGACCGAGUGUUCAAGCAGUCGCUGGCGCGGCCAGAUAUGCCCUCGGGCGAAAUCAACAACCUCAGCUCCCAGAUUAUGACGGGGUACCGUGGCCUCGUGACACGCGUAAAAGCAAUUAAGUCCAAGCCCGACUCUGGUCACCCAAGGAAUGCUCCACAAGUCGGCAAGGUCGACCGCAGACUCAAGGCGACUAUCAACAAGUACCAGUCACUCGAAUCGGAUUUCCGAAGGGAUUCGCAAGCUGCUGCCGAGCGCCAAUACCGCAUUGUGCGCCCAGACGCAACCGAACAAGAGGUCCGAGACGCAGUAGCGGACCCCGAUGCGCCCAUCUUCCAGCAGGCUCUCCUUAACUCAGACCGCCGCGGCCAAGCCUCAUCUACCCUCCGCAACGUAAAAGAGCGCCACGAGGCCAUCCAGAACAUAGAACGUCAAAUGGUCGAACUCGCCCAACUGUUCCAAGACCUUGACCAGAUCGUCCAGGAGCAAGAACCGCUCGUUGCCAACAUCGAGCAAAAGGGCGAGGAAAUCCACGACAACGUCCAGGCUGCCAACGUCGAAAUUGAUGGUGCUAUCGUCAAGGCGCGUAGCCGCAACCGCAAGAAGUGGUGGUGCCUCCUCGUUAUCCUGCUUAUCAUCAUUAUUGUGGUCGUCAUUGCUGUGGUUGUCACACAGGUUAAUAAGGCGGCUGCGAAUACUGUUGCGUAA